AGCUGUAGAUCUGGAACUUCUCCCUGCUUGGGGAAGAUGGAAAGCCUGGAGAUACAACCGAUUUGAUUUCCAGAAGAGCUGGAGUUAACUAAUCUCCCGGCAGGAAUUAUGGGCACUGAAAGCGUGGAGAGGCAAGGAUUGUUUCUGACUGUAUCCUUGAAAAGGAAUUCCUGCAUAUAUAAGACCCAAAGAAUCAGCAAAAGCUGGCAAAAAAGAUUGUCUGAAUCCAUCUUACAAGGGGCAAGGGGGAAGCCACAGAAUGAUCAAAAAUUCAUCCCCCCCUCCCUAUUCCUAAAUCAGCAGGACCACUGCUGUCAAUAUUCUGGCAACGCAUAUUAGAUCCUUGGUGGGGGGGGGAGAGGAAGAUGACUAAUUUGGCUUCAGAUUUACACAUGCUGAAAAAUGCCAGAUUGUGCAAGGCAGAAGAGGUGUGGUGUGGGCGGAGCGACCCAGGGAGCCUCCUCCUGCAACAUGCCUGGAAUAUAUAUAAACCUUGAGUCCUGCAGAGAACAAGCAGAUGCAAAGAAAUAACUUGGCAAAGAUGAACAGACAGAUAAGAUCUGCCAACAUUGGGCUGAUUCUGGCCUUGGUCCUUUUGGCUCUUCACAAAGGAUCAUCAGUUCCAGCAUUAACAUGUGGACUUCAACGACCUGUUCCAAGGAUAGCGGGGGGCGUGAAUGCCCAGCCUCGCGAGUGGAGGUGGCAAGCCAGUAUCCAAUAUCAGAACCAACAUAUCUGCGGAGGAAGCCUCAUUAAUAAUCAAUGGGUUCUCACUGCUGCCCAUUGCUUUUUCGAGAUUGGGAAAGAAAUCCACGUGCAGCACUGGAGCGUGAUCUUGGGAACUAUAAAGCUGACUGGCAAGCGGUUCAGAGGGACAAAACUGAACGUCUCCAUGGUUAUCCCUUAUGAAAACUACACCAGCUACAUCACAGGCCAUGACAUCGCUCUGGUGCGCCUGGCGAAGCCUGUGCGCUACACCAAAGACAUUGCACCCAUCUGCCUGCCCUUCGCCGAGCACCGCUUUGCCUUUGGGACCCAGUGCUGGUUGACUGGCUGGGGAGACGUCGCCGCCAAUGUCCACCUGCCAGACCCCAAGCCCCUCCAAGAGAUAACCAUGGACCUUUUGACUGUCGACACCUGCAACUGCAUUUACAGCAAUCUGCGCAACAGGCGGAUCGUCAACCCUGCCUUGCCUGGCAUGGUCUGCGCCCUGACUCCUGACCGCAAGAGAGGACCUUGUAAGGGUGACUCGGGCGGCCCGCUGGUUUGCCUAGAAAACGGCCGAUGGUUCCAGGCAGGGAUCAUGAGUUCCUCCUUGAGCUGUACCCAAUUCUACGGACCCACCCUCUUGACAGACGUGAGAUCCUACACCAGCUGGAUCCAGCAUCAUGUUGAAGGAGCCUCAUUUGCCAAUCAGAUUGAGCCUAUACCUAACACCACUGACAGUUACAUGUGCAGAGGCUGUGGGGCCCUGCAACAGGAGAACAAACAGUGGCCUUGGUAUGUAAGUCUACAGUAUGAAGGACAGCAUGUCUGUGGAGGCACUUUGAUUGGGGAACACCACAUCCUGACUGCUGCUCAGUGCUUCAUCGGGCGCCAGGAAACAGAAGGCUGGGUGGUAUUGCUGGGAGAGUAUCUGGAAGGAGGGCGACAAAAAUGGCAAGAGAAGAGAACUCUAAAAAACAUUGAGCUUCACGGUCUCUACAUUGACAUGAUGGAAGGCCACGACAUUGCAGUAGCCACACUGGCGCAACCUGUGGUGUUCAACAACAGCAUCUGGGCCAUUUGUGCCCCAUAUGCUGCCCACCAGUUCCCCCUUGGCUCGACUUGCUGGACCCGUGGGCGGAGAAUUGAUGAUGGUGGGAUGCCAAGCCCUCUGCAAAGUGUGCAGGCGAAAAUCCUUGGCCCAAAGAAAUGCAACUGCCUCUACAAUGCGACGAGUGACCCUGGGAGAAAAACCCCCAUCAUUCCUGAGAUGAUCUGUGCAGCGCCACACAACAGAUCCAUGCGUUGUGAGGUAAGCAUCGGAGACCCCCUGGUUUGCAGCCAAAAUGGGGUGUGGUUCUUGGCUGGAAUUUCCAGUUUUGGGAAUGGAUGCGGAACUACAAUUCGUCCAGGGGUUUUCACAUCGGUCAAGACCCAUGAAGAAAAACCUAAUCUUAAGACGCCUUUGAAAACAAGCACCAAAAUGCCAUCGCUUGGAUCAAGGCACUCCUUAAAAGUCACUGCUUAA